ACGGACGGAGCGAAACAAGCGAAUACUACUGAAGAGGCAGUCCGGUUACUGAAGAUCGAAAAUAUAAAUACCGUGAAAAAAAACCAAGGCUGUAGUCACCACCGAGGGCGGUGGGGGCAGGCAGAUGAUGGGAAAGAAAGCGAACAACCGUCCCAACAUUGUUAAUCACGGUUGCCCUCAGACGCUGGCCUUUCUUUGCAGUACCAAACAGAUAUAACUAGUUGGCUAGCCGUGGAGCUAGCUAGCUAGCCAGCCAACGACAACUUACGACCCGCCGUCGUCCCGAAAACAGAGAAAAUGGUCUACCUAAUCAACCCUCUGGAGAACCUGAAGACCUACAUCAGCAGCCGUCCGCCACUGGUCAUCUUUAUGGUCAGUGUGAGCACCGUAGCCAUAGCCUUCCUCACCAUUGGCUACUUCUUCAAGAUAAAGGAAAUAAAAUCCCCAGAGUUGACGGAGGACUGGAACACCUUCUUGCUGCGCUUUAAUGAGUUGGACUUCUGCAUUUCGGAGAACGAGACCCUGAAGCAUAGCUUGAAUGAAUCCACCACCCCCGAGAGCACGGUCACCAGUGGCCAGGCUCGCCCAAGCACGCAGGCCCCUUCUCUGCUGGAGGACCCUGGGCCCAUCAAUAUCUCCGUUCCCAUCACCCUCACCCUGGAUCCGUUGCGCCCCUUUGGAGGCUACUCCCGCAACAUCACCCACUUGUAUGCUACGAUUUUGGGUCAGCAAGUCGGCCUAGCAGGGAGGGAAGCCCAUGAGGAAAUUAACAUCACCUUUACCCUGCCUGCAUCCUGGAACUCGGACGACUGCGUCCUGCAUGGACGGUGUGAGCAGGGCGUCUUCAGUACCUGUAUGACAAUUACUGCAGCAAGCAAUGUCUUCCCAGUCACAGUGCAACCACCACACUGCGUUCCUGAGACGUACACCAACGCCACAUCCUGGUAUAAAAUAUUCACCACCGCGAGAGAUUCUGACACAAAGUAUACGCAGGACUACAACCCGUUCUGGUGUUAUAAAGGAGCCAUCGGCAAAGUGUACCACGCACUCAAUCCCAAGCUCACAGUCAUCGUUCCAGACGAUGAUCGUUCUCUUAUAAACCUUCAUCUAAUGCACACCAGCUACUUCCUCUUUGUGAUGGUGAUCACAAUGUUCUGCUAUGCAGUCAUCAAGGGCCGACCAGGCAAAAUACGGCAGAAUAACGCAGAUUUCUGCCCAGAAAAGGUGGCCUUGUCAGAAGGAUGCGUUUGAGAUCGACGACUUAAAUGAACCUUAACUUAAAAGGAGGAGGGGGGAAAACUGAUUUUACUAGUUGCCUACUGAACCCAUGAAUGGGUGCACAGCCCUGUGAAUGCAUUUUUUUCUGAAAUGUUGGGUCACUCCAACCAAAGACAUUUUAAGUGCCUGUAUCUACUGUGUAAAUAUUUGUAGGAUUCUUGAAUUCAGUACAGAAGUCAGCCUGAGUCCGUAAUGAAGUCUGACGCAAUACUGGAGAAGCUGAGGAUGCGAUUUUGAGUUUGCCAAUGAGAAUUGCACUUCCAUCCGACUUCCGUUGCAUUUCGUCAUCUGCGUCCGGCGACGCCGCACGCGUCCUCCACCUGUGGACCCUCCCAGCUCUCUCAUUACAUUUCUGUUUGUCUGGUGAAAACCAGCCUUUGGUUUCCUUGGCAACGGCUGCCUAAGGUCAAUGCCCUUUUGUUCGAUUUUAGGUUUGAGAACUCCUCCCUGAUGAGUGUGUUCCUUAUCGCCUGUUUUUGAAUAUCACCUCAUUUGCUUUUUGAAAGUGGUCUUCUAAAGAUACAAGUUUAAAAAUGAGGUCUGUCUUCAGUGAACUUUCCAUUUCCACUAUAAAACAGGAAGUUAUGACCCCAGUCUGGUUUUUUCAGCCUCAAAAUUGAUCAUAUGAGGUGACUCAGUCACAGUACCAUUAAAAUAAACCAUGUCCAGCUGUUGUAGAAUUCUUUUCUGUCACCCUUUUAUUGCAGAUGUUAAGCUCAUGUCCCUCAGUCAUUCGAACUAUUGCAUUUCUAUUAAAGGAUGUGCAUCAAAGCAAGCUGCAUGCCAUUUGAAUACAAACGUGCGCUACUUGUAUAAGAAAGAAGGAUGAAUUCUAGGCAUGAACUGAACAUGCUCCCAGGCACGGCCAUUUAUGACUUCUGCUAAUGUCCAGCUCGGAGCUAGAAUAUCAUUGUUUACGAUCUUAUAACCAUCCAGUAUAGUUUGCAGAACUACAUUUUAGAAAUGUGGCUUAAGAAUGGAUUGCAUUUCUCCACCCUUCAUGUUUGGAUUUGUUUAAUGGUGAAAUGUACUGUAUAUUAUAGCUAACUGAAUUCACUUGUAAUGGUUGAAGAUUUUUAAUUUACCUCUGAUCUUUUUUUUUAACAAAUACUUCAUGAAUGUAUUUUCUUCCAGCAAAAUUGCAGCUUUGGAGUGUAAACCCUACUUUGUUACAGAUUAUCGGAAGUUUGUUUUUUCCCCUCACCUCUCCAAUCAUGUAAAUGUUUAAUGUAAUUAGGCUCAAAAGCCUCUUUCUUACUUAAAGGUUGAUUAUACAUGCACAUUUCCAUGUUUCAUCUAGCCAUCCUUGCCUCACUUGGCAAACACAUGCUAUUAUGAAGUUAUGUUAAUGAAAUAAAUCAAUCCUAAGAAAUAGAAUUCAUAGCUUCCCUUUUAAAAUAAGCAUUUCCUGUCUGUCUUAUCUGCAGCUCAUAUAAGGUGUGAAAUGUAUUAAACUGCUGAUAGCUCAGGAGGCUUAUAGAAAAGCUUCAAGGCUCCAACAAAACCAUUAGCGGACUUGUAUGCUACACGCUGAUAUGUUUUUGUUUUGAAUAAUAGCAGCAGAACAACUAAAGAACAUGCAUGUAAUGUCAACUCAACUGUCUAAUUUGUUUUUACCUGCAUGUAAUUUGUAGCUGCAGGUUUGUAUUAUAUCAGUUGUUAAUCUUGCCCCCCCCCCCCCCAAAGGAUAUUGAUUAGGAAAACAAGCAUAAUUCUGCUGUACUUUAUAGCGUAAUGGGGAAAGUUUUUACUUUAAGGAACUAUGGUAUUACCUGUCAGAACAGCAUGUCUGCAAAGCAAACCUUUUUUUUUUGUAUAUAGACAGUUAAUUGCCAGUCCAUUACUUGCUAAUUCUUUAAAUUCAUUUGACUGCUGUCUGUAUGCUGAACCUUUCUGCUUAUAGUACACGGUGAGAUUUAUUUAAUUUUUUUUUUUGUAUAGCUUUAUGGCCAUUUUUACACAUUGCCGUACAUUUGCUGUGGCUUUAGUUCCGUUUCCUUUACACGAAGGAGGAAAUACUUGUAUCAGUUUUGUCUGUAUACCUUCUGAUCUCCGGAUGCAUAUUAUUUAAAAAGCCGCACUUUUGUGCAUUUAAUUUCGAUGGACCAAAACAAAAAUCAUUCACUCUUACAUCUGUGAUGCUGCCGCGUUUUGGGCCCUGCCUGCCUUCAAGUGACAUGCCACCUCCACCUCAAGCAUGUGCAGUGUGGUUUCUGGGGUGGUGUCUGCACGUAUCCCCAAGCGGGAUACUCAGUUUCUUCUUUAUGGGUCUGGAAUGCAUCGUACGUAUGGUGACCGACUUGGGCAGUGUCAGGCUCUAGAUAUCAUUUUAGUCGUUGCUCAUUUUCCCCCUUACUUUGCUGUCGCCCCAUGAUGUGUCGGUGCGUUACAUCUACGCUUACAAAUCCCAAGUACACUAGUGAAGUUCGGCGCUGAAAGCUGGGACAGAGAGACUGUUACUUAUGCAUGUAUGCAUGUGCACUUGGAGGUUGAAGAUCCAUUGCUUGUCCUGAUAUAAAUCCUAGAGGGCAUUUGUUUGUGUCAGUCUAUCAUAAUCUCUACAUAUGACUGAACAGUGGGCCAACACGCUACCCCUGUUUGCCCCCCCUCCCCUCCACUUUCUUCCGAUCUCUCUAGCAGUACGAGUACGCAGACAGCUACCGUGUACGUGCCUUGUGCACUAAACCACAGUGUCACCAUUGUAAAUAGCUCUUCCAUUUCAAGUUGUGAUGACGAAGGUCAGCCUUCCAGUGACCAAUUUUUUUUUGUUUUUCCCUUCAGUAAAACAGCUGUAAGUUACCCAAGUUGAAAUAAACAAAUAAAUAAUCUGA